AUGACUGGGGGAAGGACAGAUGAUAAUCCAGGGACCGCUCUCAACCAGUUGAAUGGGGGUUGGUGGUAUCUGGGAUUAUAUCUGACGACUAUGCCGCAAGUCUAUGAAGGAAGGACAGGCACCUUGUGUGUCGAAACGAGCCAAACCAAAAAGGAUGAAUAUGGUUCAGGACGUUCUCGAUUCAAGGAAACCGGGAGAGACUGGCCGAUAUGGAAAGAGGAAAGCCGGCCAGAAGGAUGGGCAGUGGAUAAAAGAGCGACUGAUCUGCUUGUGCUACGAGCUGGUAGCGCCGUGAGUAGUGAGCAGUAG